AUGAAAGAUGAAAUUGCACCUGAGCUUGAGCCAUUGGCAGAGGUGGAGGUCGCACCGACACCCCAAAAGCGCGGAUGGCCACGCGCCUGGCGGCUGUUGGCACUCCCGCCUCUUUUCGCGUUAGCGCUGCUUGUGCUGCCACGGCUGGAAGACCUUUACCCGCGGCAGCCAGCAGCCACACUGCAGGACCUGAUCAGUGCCGCUGCAGCACGUUCUCGGCAGCCGGGGUCAUUGGCUGCAAGGGCCCUUGCCGCAGCGAGCAAGCUGCCAGCACCGCGCUUUACCGCGGAGUCGCAAAUCCAGACAAUCUUGGACAAGAAGAAGGAGCGAACCAACCGACGAUGGGAUGAGGCCACUUGUGGUGUCAGUGCCUCCAUUGCUGCCGAAAAGCUGGUGCUCUCAGGCCUGCAGAUCGAGAGCUCCAUCUACCAUUGCGCGCCCGACAAGCCCACGAGGACAGCUUGUGCCACUGACAUUACCGGCGUGUUUGCCUCCAUAUCAGCGGCAGGCAGCUAUUUGGCGGCGGUGUCACAUGCCUGUCCGAAGGAUGGAACCAGCAAAGCCGAGUGUGCUUCGGACAUCCUCGAUAUUCUCUACGGCGUUGCUCGAUGCGGCAACUGGACCGUGCUGGCGCCAUCUGCGUCCUGGUCUCCUCGUGGCCGUGCCGGCUCGGCCGUGCUGCGGGCCGAGGGCUUCAUCCUCGGUGGUUACGACGGCAAGCGGCACCUCAACGACGUUUGGUCGUCUGCAGAUGGGAAGACCUGGAGGCAGCUAACAGCUCACGCGGCUUGGGAAGCCAGAUCUGGACACGUGGCCAUUGCCCUCAAGGGCAGGCUUCUCGUCAUGGCCGGGGAGAACAGCCCUAUCGGCGAGUCCGUGUUCUUCAACGAUGUUUGGGCGUCGCAGGACGGAGCCGCUUGGGUCCAGGUGACCGAGCAUGCACCGUGGUGCGAGCGCACAAGCCCUGCGGUUGCCGCCUCCGACUCAAAGGUCUAUAUUCUUGGAGGCGUCGAUGCAGCACAGAAAUUCCUGAACGAUGUGUGGUCCUCCGAGGACGGCAAAACCUGGCAGCAGCUGACGGCCGCAGCGCCCUGGGACGGCCGGUGGGGCUUCGGAGCCGCCCUGCAUGGUGGCCGCCUGGUCGUCCUCGGCGGAAGCAUUGACCAUGGUGCAGGCGAAAUCGCGGAUGUUUGGAACUCGCCAGAUGGUGCGACCUGGGAGAAGAUCAGCUCUGGCUCGGGCCGGUCCCAAUGGCAGGCGAGGUCGAACUUCGGUCUUGCCGUGUGGCGCGAUAAGCUGCUCCUUGCCGGUGGCCGAAGCUAUGAAGAGUUCUCAGAUGUCUGGACUUCCUCCGACGGAACGAAUUGGACGCAGCUCGCCGUGUCCUCACCUUGGAUUCCACGAGAUAGCCUGUGCCUGCUGAGCUUUGACUCCCAGUCGGCGUGGCUUUUCGGAGGCUCUGGGAGGCAUGUCCAGGACUACUACAACGACGUCUGGGAGUUGCAUGAGGCUUCUCACGAGCCUGGGAUGCUCCUAGUCUGA